UUCCCAAUUCUUCCUGCCUGAUCACCUCUGCUCUCUACAGCCGCCAACGCCAGUGCCUCUGCUCUCUCCUCCUACCGAAUCAGUUGCACCGGGAUCUACUCAACCUAUCGAAAUGGCCGAGUCCAUUACCAGCCUCCCCGACAGCCGCCCCACCGGCGGCCGCAAGAACAGCACCAGCAAAGACCACCCGGAGGAUGAGCUGGACUCUUCCGCCCCUGCCGCCACCGCCACGACCACCACCACACCCAAUGGCCUGGUCCCGAACAGCGGGAUGAAGGCGCCCGGGGCCACGCAGGAGGAGGACGGCAAGGAGAGUCUACGGAUUCGGAUCCAUUUGAACCUCCAUGCGAAGGUCAAGCUGGAGUUGGAUGCGCAGCUGUAUGGGGAUAUUGUGAUUGGGUUGUUGUGAUUAUCGUUUGGGGCUAGAAGAAUGUAGAUAGUUCGGAUGGGAUUGGGUGUUUGAGGUUUUUAAUAGCUGGGAAUUGACUUCAGUUCGAGGGUUCCAGGUUGGGUUUUUGGGCAAGGUCCGCUUCGACGCUGUUGGGUGUGCGGUUGGGUCUACUUGGGUUUGUUUCUUUUCGAGCUGGGUGUGGUGGUUUUGGGGCGUGAGGAUGGUGUUGGCUGAGUGUGAUGGUUGUUGAUGACGGUAGUGAGACGUGGAGUAUACUCAUACUUUUGGAAUAAUGACUUUCGAC